AUGACCAAAAAGUCAAUUUGGCUCUCGCAACAUGCUGUUUCAUCGACUGAAGCGAACAGUGCUAUCGGAUGGCUGGAACACACACAAACUUUAUCAUUCCCCUGCCAACAGCUCAACAGCUGGGUUGAAGGAGUGGGACUGAUCAUGCAGCGGACUGAAUUCUCCCUUUGGCAGAGCAGCGGCUUGCAUGCACAUGGAGGAGGAAUCGAGACACCUGGCUACCACGGGGACGACGAUGGAGCCCUGGAACACUGA